CGAGAGGGGCGGGCAGAGAGGUGCUUCCUAACUAGACAUCAACUUUAGACCAGCACGGUUUUAAGGAGCCAAGUGCAGACGAUCUGAGCAGCCUUUGGAUUUGGGGUUAGGGGUCCAACAGGAGGCUCUCAACUUAGGUUCCUUCCCAGCUCAACCCAAAAUCCUGGGUAAAUUCUCCCAAAGCCCCACGCUUGAGAGAAGGAAUUAGGAUGUUGGCUGCUGGGAUGAGAGGACGGGCAAGCCCCAGAGUGAAGGUGAGGCUUGGAAGUAGCUUUACCCCCUCAUGCCUCCUUAGUGAAUCCUGUUUACCAUUACCUGCUUCUGGAAUUAUGGGUGUAUGUAACUUCUUCAGGCUUCCUUAUUAACAACUUGAGGAAAAUAAAGUGAAAUACUGCUGUUUCCCUUGCUCCUUGAAGUAGGUGCCCACUCCUACACUUACUCCUUCAAGCUGAAGUAUAAGAAUCAAGGAUUACCAUGUGUCUCUAAGAUGUAGAGAGGACUCUUCUUGCCUUUUAAGUAUUUUACCUCCCAAGCCUUCAGUUUUUUUUGGUGCACGAUGGGGAUGUUCUCUCAUUCCCAAUACAGUUCAGGGGAUUUGAGAUAUUCAGGAGACGAUGUGGGAGGGCAAAAAAAAAAAUCAAAGGGGGGUUGGGUUGAGAGGAACUAGAGGUGGACUCCUGCCUGACCCGCCACUGUGGUAGGAUGAAUGUGGGAGUAGCACACAGCGAAGUAAACCCCAACACCCGAGUGAUGAAUAGCCGGGGCAUCUGGCUGGCCUACAUCAUCUUGGUAGGACUGCUGCAUGUGGUGCUACUCAGCAUCCCCUUCUUCAGUAUUCCUGUUGUCUGGACCCUGACCAACGUCAUCCAUAACUUGGCCAUGUAUGUCUUCCUACAUACAGUGAAAGGGACACCCUUUGAGACCCCUGACCAAGGAAAGGCUCGGCUACUGACACACUGGGAACAGAUGGACUACGGGCUCCAAUUCACCUCUUCCCGAAAAUUCCUCAGCAUUUCUCCUAUUAUACUCUACCUCCUAGCCAGCUUCUACACCAAGUAUGACGCUGCUCACUUCAUCAUCAACACAGCCUCGUUGCUCAGCGUACUGCUGCCUAAAUUGCCCCAAUUCCAUGGGGUUCGUCUCUUUGGCAUCAAUAAAUACUGAGGGAUGGGACUGGGGACCACAUCGGAACAAAAGGCUGUAACAUCUUUCCCUUCUCCAUACUGUCUUUUCUUGGAAGCCUGAGAACUAUACAACUGUUCCAAAACUCCCAGGACGAGAACAGAUUGGAAAAUGGGGCUCCCUGGGAGUAGCCCUGCUAGGAGCAGGCUUCUUUGAAUCAGGAAAGGCACAUGAGGUAAGGGACAAAUCACUCCUCCACAGGAGGCCAUGUUUGGGCAGCUUGUAUGAUUUUUCCAUGUCUUCCAACCCCACUACCUUCCAGCUCUGUUUUGCUGUGUAUUUCCCUCAUAAUAAAGGUCAUAUUUUUUUCA